AUGGAGAGGCGAGACCCGACGUCUACCGCGCAAUCCGCGGUAGAAGUUGAAUCCGAAGUUUCUGUUCGUUUCCGUCCACUUUCUCUUGAGCGAAUUUCGGAGGGAGCCCGAGCUGCCUACUUUGUUUCCGGUCCCAAAUCCGUUGGGAUCGACACCCAGAAGGCAAGCCUUUCCCAGUCCGAUCCCACGGUUCAAGGCAUUCUGGACGAAUUGAAACUCAAGGCAUCCUGGUCUCUCGACUCCUCGCGUUCUGUUUUUGACUUCACUUUCAAUGGCAGUGUCUUCGACGAAGGCACAGCAACGGCAAGUCUCUACAACAAAAUCGUACAGCCUGUAGUCAUUCAAGUCACUGAGGGAAUCAGCAGCACGGUGAUUGCCUGCGGGAGCUCAGGCAGUGGGAAGACGUACACGCUGAUCGGGACGCAUGAACACCCAGGCGUCAUUUUCAAUGCCCUCCAAGACCUCUUUAACCAUAUAACCUCUUACCGGAAUCCCGCCUCUGCAAAGACCAAGCCUCGGACCAACGCGCCGAGGUUUCUCUCGUGGAACAUCGACCCUCAAAAGUGGCGCGAACACGAGUAUGAGUUCUCUGUUCGCUGCUCCUACGUUGAAGUCCGUGAGCAUUCCAUCGUCGAUCUUCUUCACUGCGCGGCCGACUUCGCCCCAACAGAUGUCCUUCCCACUCUGGCGCUCCGGAGAACACCAAAGGGGGAGCCUUGCAUCGACGGCCUCAGCGAAAAACCCGGAGCAAGUGUUGAAGAGCUUGUUCGAGUGCUUGCAAGGCAAGUCAAAGCGGCUGCGUUGAAGAAAGCAAGGGACAAGCUUUUCCCCGACCGCCCCUCCAGUGGUGUAGUGACGAUCACGGUAGAGAAAGCACGGAUCGGGAAGGAAUGUCAACGGGGUGAUUCUGUGCCUUCUUCUCCGUCUCCUCGGCACGGGCCAGCGGGUAAAAACGCGUCGGAUGACGGCGUGAGUUCAUCUCGUCCCGGUGAACGUGCGGGUCCGCAAGAGUCUUCAAGCGUCCAGAUUCCUCAAUUAACCCGAGCCACCCUCACCUUCGUGGAAGCCCCAGGAACAGAGGGGCUGGCUGCUCCUCCUUACGCAGAGAAAAACAUGUUCCAUUCUCGUGCUUCUUUUUCUGGCUUCAUCAUGCGCCUCGCUGCAGAUGCAUCUGCAUCCCAAAGUCUCUUCCGGACGCUCGAGGGUCUCCUCCGGCCUGCAACCUGGACAUACGCCGACGGAAAGCCUUCCACAUCGGUGUGGGCGGGAUCCACGCUCACGCAGCUGCUUUAUCCCGCUCUCCAUGGAGAUUCGAACCUUUCGGUCAUCAUGACUGUCGAUCCCGCUGACUGUUCCCUGUCCGUCUCUUUGCCUACGCUUCGUUUCGGUAGUCGCAUCUCCGGUGGCCGGCGUCGCCUGUGCGUCUCUCAGGUCUCUCGUGAAAAUUCCCACCUGCGGGCCCUCCACCUCGACGUCUCCCGGCACUUUCGCCACAUCCAGUCGGUGCGAAGAAAACUGAGGGAUCAGGCGGAAGGCACUGCGUUUCUCAGGCAGUUGGACUGUGUCGAGUCAUCGAGACACGACGGAACUGACCAAUCGUGGUGGCUUCCAUCGAGUACGGAGGCGAAGGGCUGCUUGGAGGAACUCGAGGAGAGCCUCCGUGCAACGCGUCGGCAGAUUCUCGUCGGGGGCACGGCUGACUGGUCUGUGCUGGAGGGGAGCCGCCUUUCGACUCUCCUGAGCAUUCUUUCUGUCUUUCGGGACCGGCGUUUCGUGCGCGAGACGCUCGGCGAAGAUCGUUCUCGGGCUGACUUGAAGUGUUCAGAGGACAGCUCCGCUGGGUGCCCGAAGCCUGGCUUGGCAGGGCGUAAUCUCGCUGCGGCCUCUGGGGACCUGUCCCCUCCGGGAUCUGCCUACGUGCCCAUCGCGCCUCUUCCAGCGUCUUCGCGAAUCACCGUUUCUCCUUACAGUGCGCCUUCAGAGGCCGUUCCGGACUUUCCCGCCGCGUUCCCGCUUUCUGCCUCUUCGUCGCCUCCCCACCUCGCUUCUCCUGCCGCGGCCCCUGUCCGCCCCGUUGCGUUUCCUGCGACUCCUUGGUCGUUUUCUUCUGCCCAGGGACAGGCAGUCCCAUCGACUUUCGGCGGCACGCGACUCGUGAAUAUCACGCAUCGCCAGCGCGCCGUGCAAGGCCAGUUUCCUCCGUCCCCCGCGCCCGUGCCCCACGCUGUGCCUGCACACUCGCUUGCCACGUACUCCCAGGACGCGUCUUUCGCGUGGACGGACUUUUCGACCUCUCCCGGCUACUGCGUGUACGCCCCCGACAGCGGCGUCGCCCAGAGAUUUCCCGCCUUGGCACAGAUGGAGCCGGUGGGAUCCCCGUCCCGCGCCGUCUACAGUCCGUACCCUGUCUCCGCCUCGAAACUCCUGUCCGUGCAUUCACGCUUCGGCUCGCAGACAGACGCAGAGCCAGACGCGGGCGACGCAGAAAUCAGCCCGAGUUGCUGCUGCGGCGCCUCUCUGCAGCCGCAGACAAAAACUCAGACCAACUACGAGCCUGUCGCGUUCCGAGCUUCGCUCGCGGACCCCGCGGGUGUCUUUCCACAGCCCUCGGACGUGGGCGACGCGCGAGGCGGGUCAAGACUCGAGCGUCGCCUGUUUGUGGGCGUCCUCUCGCUUUCGCCUGGGUUCGGAGGAACAGAAUCUCGAGACGACGUGGGCAGAGCCAUGGAGGAUCUCGAGCGGUCUUUGGAGGAGCUUCGGAACUCGUUUGCGGAUUGGGGCGAAGACCCCACGCUGCGGCUCGCCUCAGACGCCGCGCGCCUCGAGACCGUUCUCUUCUGCCCGCGGGCUGCGGACUGCAAGCUCGCCUCAGGGUCCGGCGCGUUUUCUGCUGACGGCCCGGGCGGAAGGCGCCUCAGCGAGGUGGCGACUGCGGGGGAAGCGACAUGCGAACAGCUGAAAGGCGAGACAGGAAAACACUUUGUUGUCGUCGCCACUCACGAGGCAGCCCGCACCAGUGAGCCUUCGUCGGCGCGUCUCGUGGACGACUCGGGGAAUUCCCGAGCCGCAAACAAAGCAGGCGCAGCUUCGCCCGAGCAAUCCGAUCGCGACUUCUCCAGUAGCGACGGCCACACGACCUCCUCCGCCUUUGAAGGCUUCCUUGAGAGCCUCUUGCCGGCUGCACAGCUCAGCGGUGAAGGGUUACUGACCAAUCAGGGAGUCGCCGAAGGAGCAGCGGGCUGGGACUGGGAAGAAAGCGCCGGAGACGGCGAGGCGACGGCUCCGCCCCAGUCCACGAAGGAAGAUGGCAGCGACGGUGGAUCGAGAACGGAAGAUGCAGAUCCUGAGGACGCUCCAAACAAGAGUGGCUACGACGAGGACACGUCUCAGGCAGGAGACAAACUCCUGCACACGGCCAGCCGACUUGAAGACGAAAUUAUUGACUUGCUGGAGGGCCAGUCAGACGACCCGUUUGCGCAGGACUAUGACCGGGAGGCGGCGGCGUCCGGGGAGGCGCUCCUUCCUUCUGAGAGUUUCUCGGGCUCGCAGCCCGUGGACCUGACGCUGGACCCUGCAGCGCCUCAGUCGCCGGCUCCAGAGGCUGCCUUUUCGCCAACGUUCUCGUCGUUCGAAGCGACUACACAUGGCGAUCGAUCUCGCGAGGCGAUGGACACUCGCGAGCGAGAGACAAACGACUGGCUCAGUCGUCGCGGCAGCGUCCCUGCUUCGUCUCCCUCGCGCAUUCGCGUGCGCCUCUCUGUGGAGGGCGAGGAGCCGCAACGGAGCCGUGUGGGGUCGCCUGGGUGUUCGCAGUCGCGUCGGCGCGCAUCUCCGCAGACGACGUUCAUCGGGACGCCUUCCCAGCUUCUCUUCUCUCUCGAUCCCGAGCCGCAUGCAGAGGGCGGGGCGAACCGGCGCGGGGUGGCCUCCAAGGACUUCUCGCCUCGGGACGGGAAGCCGUCGCCUUCCUCCUCGUUUUCCUCUUCUUCCUUUUCGUCGUCUUCGCCGCGAGAUUUUGACCUGCACGCGCCGAACGCCCACCUGGCUAGCCACCGACGGCAGCGAGGCGGAGAGAGCUGGGACGUCGUCGUUUCGCGUUCCCCGCAGCACGCCUUGGGCGAGGGCGGCUUCUGCUUGCCUGAACCGCGCCGCGGCGACCGCGCGCAAAACAAACAGGGUCUGUACUUCCAGGGGACCUUGAGGCCGUGGACGCAUUUCUCGGGUCCCGGGAAAACCUUGCCGAGGACUCCCAAGAGCUCCGACGCGCGGCUGGUCUCUCGGAAGGGGCGAAUCCUGUCCGAGAGGAGCCGGCUCGGGGGAGACGAGACCGAGGGGAAGCGAUCGCCGACCACCUCCCGCGAACGGACGGGACGUUCCAGCAGUUCCGAAAGGCGGAGAAGCAAGGAGCGGCGAGAAGGCCGUCGAGACGAGCGACGGAGAAGGCGAGAGACAAGCAAGGACGCGGGCGACAGACGCUCCGAAGCCGACGAAGUGAAGACUCUGCAGGGGCAAAUCCUCGAGUUGCAACGCCAACUCAGACAGAAAGUGGAGCGAAUCAACUCUCUUUCCAGUAUCUCUUGUGAGCGCCGCCCUCCCGUCUCCUUCGUCAUUCCGGCCUCUGAGUUUUCGAGCUCAACACCAGGGUCUGAACGCUUCGCGCCCGGAGUGCCCGUCUCCCAGCCUCCCUCCGCCAACGUCUUUGCGUCUCCCGUGCAAAGCGCUCCGCCGAUGCUCGAGCUGCCGGGCCAGCCUGCCCCCGUCACCAGCUUCAGUUUCCCGGCUGCGGCGCUCCAGAGCAGUUUCAGUCCCCUCUCGCUCAUCCAGGCCGUCUCUGGAGCCGUGCCGGUCGUCGGCAUCGCCUCGCCCCCAGAGGGUGUGCGUCCCGAGCCUCCUGGGCCGGGGGUUCCUGGUCCAGGCGUGCCGUGUGCUUCUCCGCCCGUUGUGUUCGCGCAUUCGCCCCUGGUGCUUCCCGCUCCAGCGGCGACUGCGACCCUCCCGCUGUCAAUCCCCCUUGCUCGCCCCCAGGGAGAGACCGUUCCGGCCUCUGCUGCGGCGGAGCCCGCGCGGUGCUCCACGUGCGACGGCACUUUGUCCGAGCUUUCUUCGAUUUCGAGCCGAGAAAACGCGGUCACGACCUCCAGCGACGAUUUCCAGAAAACAGACACAGCGACGAGCCACGAGACGUCCUUUUCGUUCCGCCCGAAAAAGGCUGAAGAGGCUGCCGAGGCGCUCUUGGAGUUGCCUCCGACUCCGACCUACGGAGACACGACCCCAACGGCCGCCUCUCUGUUCCCCGACCGCAGUCGGCACCAGGCGAUGGAGCCCAAGGGACCCGCCGAGGCAGAGACUGCGGGCCGAGCUGGGGACGAGGAGCCCUCUGGGGGCAGCGAGGUUCGGGCUGUGCCCGGAGAUUCGCUGUUCCGAGGCGGAGACCAGACCCAAUCGUUCGGCGGGACAAAUCGCAAGCUGCAGGGACAGCCCUCGCCUCGGUUUCCCUCCCCGUCGGAAGCGGAGAACGCCGGGAUGUCGCCUCCCGCGCCGCAGCCUUCAGAUGCUCCCCGGCCUGCGAGCGUUCUUCCGCAAACAGCCGGACCCUACGACGAACACUGGAGCUCUGUGGAGCGAGGAAGAAGUUACCUGAGAACAGAGCAUGCCGAGCGCCGUUUUGACGGGACCGACGGAAGGUUCCCGAGCCCCUCGUCUGUAUAUACACCGUACUAUCGCGGCUCGCCGUCUCCGGCCAGAGUGAAUGUGCCGUCGACGCCAGCGGCGCCAGGAGCGUACGCAGCUUCGUCCUAUUCUUUUCCUCGGUAUUUGUCCCCGCCGGCGGCUCCACGAGCCUUCAGUCCCUCUCCAGGGGUGCCUCCGGAACGCAUGCAAACUGGAAAGCCGCGUGUGGUGUGCACGAUUAUCCGCGACUCGACGGGAGUCCCGUUGGAUCUCAUUCCCGGCGACGGAGAAGCUCUGCGCGAAACCUCGCGAGUGAUUUAUCCGUUUUCCCAUGUGUCGCACGCGGCCGUGAAAGGCGACGUGACGGGCCACGCCCUGCCGUCCUCUCUGUUUAGCUCCGAAAGGCCUCCAGAAUCCCACGGCGCGCACCGGCUCUCGAGGCUUUUCCACGAGGAUCCUCAGCGGUAUCGUCGCCUUGGUUCCGCUGGCGGCUCCCUUCCAUUUCGCUUUCCCUCUCGCCCGCACCCUCCGUCUCGACCGCUGUCGCCGAGUGCUGCGUGCGUGGGAGGCGUGCUGGGUACGGACAGCUCGGAGGCGGGAGCGCGGGAGGACUACCGCGACUUUGAGAUUCGGCAGGGCUGGCGAGAAGGGCGGGGAUCGGUGGCCGCCGACCACUUCUACGCAGGUUUGGGUGGAUCCCUUCGGCUUUCGCGGGAAGAGCGACGAGGCACACAGGCCAGGCGCGAGGGUCCGGCGCGGAGAGCCGGCGGAGGCGGGCUUCUUGCGGAGGGGCUGCUCGGCUUCUUCGAAAGGAAGCUCCGCGACUUCUGGGAGACGCGGCCGGGGGCGACCAGCGUGCCGCGACGGCGAACCGUGAAAGAAGUGAACGCCGCGAGACCCGCCGCCGAUGGAAGUUCAAAGGCCUUCUGGCCAAACUGGUACCACGUGUUGCCUCCGCCAAACGCCGUCUCAUUCAAGCGAACAGGAAGCGUCGGCGACGCGCGUCGUCGGAGUCCAUCGUCGCCAGCGCCGGUUCCACUCUCGCCUCGGAGUCGGAUCGCCCAGAGUCGCCCUCUGUCUGUCCCUCGCGGCUUCCCUAAGUGGAAAUGUGGGCAAGACGGUCCGGUGCGAGGCGUGCGUUUGGAAGAGACGCGACCUGCCGACGAACCGCCGAGCUCCUCAUCUGACAAGAAGACUAAACCUGCGUCUCCUCGCGGUUCCGACGCUGCUGCUGCGCGCGGCGCCGACCAAAAGGAAGCCCCAGAAAACGCAGGCGAGGCCAAAGAAGAGGCAGGCGAGGCCAAAGAAGAGGCAGGCGAGGCCAAAGAAGAGGCAGACGCUUCGGGAAUCAAGGAAAGCGCUUCCGGCGGGCCAGCUGCGCCCACUUUGCUUUCUUUUUCCCACGCUUCGACUCCCGUCUUCCUCUCCCCUCAGGUCGUGGCGCAGGGCCUUCCGGGGGCUCCGGGCGUGUCUCCGCCGCUGAUUUUCGAUCCUUUGUGGACGGGGCCAGCUCUCGCGUCGCCUGCGCCGCUUGUCUCGGUGUGCCCCGCCCCGGCCUCUCUGGCGACUCCGGGCCAAGGCCUCCCGUGCGUGCUGGCCUCGCAGCCUCCCGCAGUGUGCGCGGCUUCUCCCGCGCCGUGCGCUCUCGCAGUUGGCCAGUCUGCGCGUCCUGGCGGUCCCGCAGGGAGCGCAGGCGCCGACGCGCCGAAGAAACAGGCAGAGCCGGAAACGUACACCUCGUUCAGAAGCUUCGGAGACAUCUGCCGACAGCUGUUGGGGCGGAAGAACCCGGACCGCAAACCCGACCCAACUGGGGCGCAGUCCCUGCUGCCGAACUUCCCCUUCUUCAUGGACCCCAAGCGUCCGCCGGCAGGAGCGAAGCCGUAUCCCGGCCCCGUCCUCGAGAUUGGCAUUCUUAAAUCUGGCCGAUGA